UUUUUUUUUUCUACUUUUCAUAUUUAUUUCUUUUCUUAUGUACACUGUGGGAAGUCACAUCCAAUCAUGCCUAUAUAUCCCUUUAUUCAUGUAGCGAACUCUCCAGAAAUGCAUUGUGUAAAGUAGUUAUUCCACUCUUACCUUUAGCACACAGUAAUCGACAAAGUAGUGAAGUGAUCGAAGUGUAAAAUCAUGGCAAUUCCUAAUAUACGGAUCCCUACUCGACAGGUGUUCAUCGACGGUGAAUGGAGGGAACCCGUUAAGAAGAAUCGGUUACCCAUCAGCAAUCCGGCAACUGAAGAGACUAUCGGGGAUAUUCCGGCAGCUACAGUGGAGGAUGUCGAUAACCCUGUCAAAGCUGCACGGAGAGCGCUUCGUCGAGAUGAUUGGGGUUCUACAACUGGAGCACAGCGCGCUAAGUAUCUUCGUGCUAUUGCUGCUAAGGUACAGGAGAGAAGGCCUGAACUUGCUACACUUGAAACUAUUGAUAACGGAAAGCCCUUAAACAUACUAACGGGAUUGGGACAUGAAGCUGGUUCUCCUUUGGUACUGUUGACAAGAUUGCAUUUACAGGAAGUGGCCCAAUAGGGGUCAAGAUCGUGACCGCUGCAGCUCAACUUGUUAAACCCGUCAUUCUUGAGCUUGGUGGGAAGAGUCCAAUAGUUGUGUUUGAUGAUAUUCAUGACCUUGAUAUAGCUGUUGAGUGGACUCUUUUUGGCUGCUUUUGGACAAAUGGUCAAAUUUGCAGUGCAACAUCUCGUCUAAUAUUACAGGAAACAAUUUGUAACACCUCAUAAAAGUCGUGCAUGAAUUAGCCUUUAAUAGAGUAUUCUUAGACUUAAAAAAAACUUGAAAAUUUUUCUAAGUGUAACUUAGAGUCAUUUUAGCUGGUAAUGUUCGAGAUACAACUUUUUAACCUUUCCGACCUCCGUUUUUAGAUUUUCAAGUUGCAUUACGAUCGGACAAGCUCAUAGUACAUCUUGGAUAAGUUUCGGAAUUUUUCAGAAUGCAUAAGGCUGCAUUUGGAUUUCAAAACAGUAGUAAAACGCAUAGCCU